UUUUGUGAUAAAAGUUGUGAUAAAUGAGUGGUGAAUAUAAGGAUGAGCUGAGAGCUAACCUCUUAAAUGAUUUGCAACUCAAAGAUGUGACCAAUUAUUCUCAUUAUUCUCUCAGCAAAAAGGUGUGGAAAGUCUUUCUGGGCGCCGGUAUCAUAGUUAUAGUGAUUGGAGUGGGCAUUGGUUUUGGACUCUACUAUGGCCUCAAAAAAGAGUGUGACGGCAGUUGCCUCGGCUCCUACACCUCGGACUCCUAUUUAGGUGUCUAUGAAAAGUAUGCCAUCAGUACGGACUCCGAGCCCUGCGCUCCCAUAGGAAAGGCAAUUCUUGAGAAGGGCGGGAAUGCCAUCGACUCUAUGAUAUCUGUGUUACUGUGUAUGGGAGUCACGAUUCCCGAGUCCAUG